GAGAGCUGAAGGCUGAGAGACCGGAUAUGGGUUGACGUAACCGGAAGGGGAAUUCUUCUCAGGCUGUGGUGUUGAUGUUUUGUGGCGACUGCUGCUCCGACGCCUGAGGGAGCGGCUGGUUCGUGGAAGGAUGGUGUGCGAAAAAUGUGAAAAGAAACUUGGUACAGUUAUCACUCCAGAUACGUGGAAAGAUGGUGCAAGGAAUACCACAGAAAGUGGUGGAAGAAAGCUGAACGAAAAUAAAGCUUUGACUUCAAAAAAAGCAAGAUUUGAUCCAUAUGGAAAGAAUAAGUUCUCCACUUGCAGAAUUUGUAAAAGUUCUGUGCAUCAGCCAGGUUCUCAUUACUGCCAAGGCUGCGCUUACAAAAAGGGCAUCUGUGCAAUGUGUGGCAAAAAGGUUUUGGAUACCAAAAACUACAAGCAGACUUCUGUCUAGAUUGAACUGAUGAAGUUUCUGGCCUCCUAUGCUUUCUGCUUUGACUUUUCAAAGAGCAUAACAGAUAUUCAUCUUACAAAAUAACCUGUUUCAAGACAAUUGAACUAGAAUAAGUUACAAAAUUAAUGAAAAAGAUAUUUCUGUGUUCUGUAUGCACUUUUUGUUUAACAUUGUUCAUAUAAUUAUCUGAUCCAUGUAUUUUAUUUAUAGCUAUUACAAAUGUGAAAUUAUUGACACUUUGCUCAGAACUUGACAUUCAGACUUUUUUAUGAAUGCCAUAGUUCUUAGAAUCGACACUCCCUUAAUUAAUUACAGUUUCAUUGGCUAUUUAAGUGUUUAAGACGGUUGUUCCUGAAUGGUUCGUUAGUAACCGUUAGUCUAGACCCAAAUCAAAGACAAGUUGCAUUUUUCAUUUUUUAAUUUAAGUUCCAGUUCCUUUCACAUAUGAACAAGGACCCAAGGAGCACUCAUUUGUUGAAAUGAAUACACUGGAUUUCAGAAAAGUAAUAUUAUACAUAUCUUGAAUUCAGAUUGUUAUGAAAUCUGGAAGAAGCAGUUUGUCCAUGAGUUUCUGCCCGUGUUCUUAGGUAAUGAAAAUGAAUGUACUUUUUGGGAAACUGAGGCAGUAAAGAAACUUUUUUAACCUCUCCACACCCAAAGAAAUAAAUGAAACAAAACAAACA